AUGCUGACGUCAACCAAUUGGCAAGACUUGGUCGCUCGAAAGCGCCAGGAAUGUCAGGAUAAACUGCCCCGUGAAUGGAAGCUCGGCGAAGAAGUUCUCAAGGCUGUACCCGAGCAUCUCCUACAAUAUGAUCUUCCACGUCGCAGUGGACUUUUGACAGAGGAAGAGCUCGAUAUCACCGAGAACUACACUGCAACCCAGCUCUUGGCCAAGCUGGCUUUGGGCCAGAUUACCUCGCUUUCCGUGACUACAGCCUUCUCGAAACGUGCGGCCAUCGCCCAGCAGGUGGUUUCUUGUUUGACCGAGACUUGCUUCCCCGAGGCACUUGACCGGGCACGCUACCUUGAUGAGUAUCUCCAGAAAGAAGGGAAACCAAUGGGUCCCUUGCAUGGAUUGCCUAUCAGUAUCAAGGAGAGCUUCAAUAUUAAAGGCCUGCAAACGACUCUUGGCUAUGUGUCAUGUUUGAGCAGACCUCCAUCAACUACGGAGUCGGCACUGGUCACACUCCUCCUUGACUUGGGAGCCGUGCUCUAUGUCAAGACAAACGUGCCUCAGACUCUCAUGACUGCCGACUCGGAGAACAACGUCUUUGGUCGUACACUUAACCCACACAAUACCUCUCUCACCGCAGGCGGGUCAAGUGGUGGUGAGGGUGCUCUGGUCGCAUUCCGAGGAUCCAUCCUCGGCGUGGGAACCGAUAUUGCGGGCUCCAUUCGCAUCCCAUCUUUGUGCUGUGGUAUCUACGGGUUCAAGCCGACGACUAACCGGGUUCCAUUCGGUGGUCAAUUCUCCGGCGAGAUGGAGGGUGUGCCGAACCUGGUCCCCUGCGCCGGGCCCCUUGGCCAUAGUCUCGCUGAUUUAAAGAGAUUCAUGGCCACAGUCGUUGGCUCUGAUUCUGCCUGGAGAUACGAUGCAACUGCCGUUGCAGUCCCUUGGAAACAAGGAAUCGAAGUUGGCAGCACUCGCAACGGAAGCCUCAACAUUGGGGUUUUGGCCGAGGACAGCCAUUUCCCACUCCAUCCUCCCGUGAGACGUGCCUUGGAGCGCGCAGUUGACGCUUUGGCCAAAGCAGGCCAUCGCAUCAUCAAGCUCGAUAAUGGCAGCAAUCACGAUCUCUCCCUGUCAUAUGCCUCGCGCUUAGCCUUCCAGUACUUUACAUACGCACCUCAUCCGGAUCUGAUCACGCCCAGUGGAGAGCCCGUUGUUAAAUCUUUGGCCAACCUCUCAAGCCCAAUGUUCACGGGUCCAUUGCCCGUGGAGCCAGAGAAAGAGCCCUAUACCAAGAUCAACGAUCUCCACAUGGCUCGCGAGAAGUACGCUGAAAGUUGGCGUCGCGAGUGGGUCGACAAAAACCUGGACGUGAUUUUGGCCCCUGGGGCACAGAGCACCGCGGUUGCCCACGACACUUAUGCUUGGCCGUCGUAUACGGUGAUUUGGAAUCUGCUUGAUUAUCCUGCCUGCAUCAUCCCCUAUGGAAAGGUGUCGCGCGAGUUGGAUGGUGAGGAGAUGAAGACCGGUGAUAACGUACAGCCUGACUAUCACCCCGAGCAAGUCGACGGUGCGCCUUGUGCCAUUCAAGUGAUCACGCCCCGUUUCCAUGAUGAACAGUGUCUGGCAGCUGCGGAGCUAAUUGAACAAGCUAUUCGCGAAUGA